GGACUUUGACUUCAAUCUACAACUGCCCAUCACAUCUACCUAAAGUUUGAGCUUUCUUCAACUAUGCCCGGAAGUAGCAGCCACAACUAUUCCAGCUCUGAUGGAAGACACUCUGCUAAGAGAUCUGCUGGCAGCAAUGAAGCGCAAUACCAAGGUACCUCGCGUUCGGGCAGUAGUGCCGAGGAAAGUUCUGGCACCGCACGCAGUGGGUUUUCAAAUUUCUCGCAAACCCCCAACGCAGGGCUACAUGUUUCUAUCACGAAUUCGCCGCCAAAUCCAAGGAGCGCAGAGGCUCAUCGAGCUACAAAGGGUGUGCCUAAAGAUAAAAUCUUAUUUGGAAAUUUCGAGGGCAGGGUUAGCACUUCUACUUAUCCUACAAAGCCAGAGGUCGAACGUGAUGCAUACCGCGACGCCGUUGCUGAUAACGUCCCUGCUGAUAGUAACAUGAAAAAGCUCAACGAUAAGUACAAAAAAGCCGAUAAUAUGGCCGAGGAGGCGAAAAAGGCUUACAGGUCACACCGUAAGAGUGAAGCAGCUAAAGAAAGUGAUAUGAAAGCAGAGAAGAAAGCGAGACUUCCCGAAGAACAGCGAAAAUACAGAGGUGUGCCUGCUGGAACAAAAGAAUUCCAUGAAAAGGCUAUCUCACUGGUGAAACAUGCUAUCGAAUGCGCCAAACAGGCAGAGAAUCUCCGUGAUCAGAUGGCUACAGAUUAUAUAGCCACAGAACCUAGCAAAAAAUCAGCAGAUGGCCACAAAAAACGUGCUACACAACAGGGCCAAUCAGCAUCGAAACUUAGGGACAAUCUCGAAGAUCAUAAAAAAGCAAUUGACUCAUUUAAUGCGGCUGAAACUGCUCGUAUAGCAGCUUUGAAUGACCGGAUGAAGAGAGUAGCAGUGGGAGAUCAGGAGGAGUCUGACACUGAUCAGGAGGGCUCUAAUAAACAGCCCCGUAGCGGUAGGUCAGGAACUAAACCCAGUAAAAAGGAGAAGGAGAGACCAAAGAACCACUCAAGAACAAGAGGAGAGCAUUGAAUCUUUGCUCGGAUACAAAGACUGAGAGAUCUACGAGCGGAUUUCUACUGGGAAUGACA